ACAGAAGGGAACUGCAAGCCAUCUCAAGUUACCAAGUCUGCUAUCCCGUCUCCUCCCGCCGUCCGCCCAAUUCCCCUCCCCUCCCGUCUCCUCCCGCCGUCCGCCCAAUUCCCCUUCUUCUUUCCCAGCACAAUGGAGGCAGUGCCUGCUUUCCUGCUGAAAACCUCGACACCCAAAGGCCGAAUCUUCGCCGUCUUCACUUGCAUGAUGGUCUGCCUCGCUGCAUUAUGUUUCCUGCAAUUCAAACUCUCUAAACCCAAAAACAAAGAUUUUUAUUCUUUCCAAGUCCUGAAUUCCAAAGGGAAGCUCGUCUCCUUGGAAAAGUACAGAGGCAAAGCUUCUCUGGUUGUAAACGUGGCGAGUAACUGCGAGCACACAGAGGACAAUUACCGAGCCCUCCAAGAGCUGCAGAGGGAGCUUGGGCCCAUGCAUUUCAACGUGCUGGCGUUCCCCUGCAACCAGUUCGGGAAAUCAGAGCCCGGCAGUAACUCCCACAUCGACAGUUUCUCCAAAAACAGUUAUGGAGUCAGUUUCCCCAUAUUCGGCAAGAUCAAAGUGUUAGGCAACGAGAGUGACCCUGCUUUUCGCUAUCUUAUAGAUACUACAAAUAUGGAACCUCGGUGGAACUUUUGGAAAUACCUGGUUAACCCAAAGGGACAGGUGAUAAAGGUCUGGCGAACUGAAGAUCCACUGUCAGCCAUCAAACAAGUAGUAUCAGAAUUAGUGGCAAAUAUCAUAUUGAGAAAAAGAGAUGAAUUUUGAAACAGAACAGCAGUACCUGACAACUAAAAAAGAGUCAUCAGUCUUAAAGCACUUAGGCCCUAUUUCAGUUUAACUUGGCAGUGAACUUUACAGUGCUGAAAUAUCGAGAUGCCUGAAGAUAUUGUGGGAUUUCUUAAUGGAUAUUCAAAUCUAAAAUUAUUCAGUCAGGUGAACAACUCUUCCUACAGAUAUUUUCAGAUGUGCUUUAGGUACAAUGGAGUAAGUAUUUUUUUUUGUGAGCUAAAACCAAUUGACAUUUAAGUGACCUGCUUUGCUAAAUGAAAAUAUGUAGGAUUUCAUAAUGGAUAUUCAAAUCUAAAAUUAUUCAGUCAGGUGAUCAACUCUUCCUACAGAUAUUCUCAGAUGUGCUUUAGGUACAAUGGAGUAAGUAAUUUUUUUUGUGAGCUAAAACCAAUUGACAUUUAAGUGACCUGCUUUGCUAAAUGAAAAUAUGUCUAUUAAUUCAUUUAAAGAAUAUCAUUCUAGCUUUGCAGGUCAUUGUCAAAUACCAUUGCAUGUACAUUGACACACUGUGGUAAUCCUGAAAUCAAUUAAAAUUGUUGAGAAGUGUAAUAUAAGAUAGCCACUAAGAAUAAACAGAUUCUCUUCAAAUUGCAGUUGAUGUGCAAUGCAUGUACCGUUGUAUAAAUCAGUUGUGAUUCAUGCAAGGUUUGUGAAGGUUUGUAGCUCAGGUUGAGGUUUAGGGUGUAGGUUUGCUCGCUGAGUUGUAGGUUUGA